ACAAAAGUACAGCGAUUCUUUGUCACUAUGGAUCAUAAUUUUUUGAUUUUUAUUACGAGUUGUCAUGGGAACGUCAUAUGAGCAUCUGCUGCUGACCUGAACUCAAAUUCACACACAAUUACGGCUCACUUCCAAUUCGACAACAGUCAAGACAUGACGUUUUAAAAUAAUUGCUAAUUAUUAAAAUUUUACCAUUUUCCAACCAGUAACUUUUAUACAAUUAAAAAGGACAACGAAUCCUUGAACAUCAGGUUAUCAGUAAGUAUUAAUAUCAGGUAAGUAAAUAGCCAUCUCAUAAUUAUUUAUACUUUUUAAUUUGAACUUCUCCACGACCGAGUUUUCUAAUUAAACGUUGCACCCAGAUUCACAAUGGGCAACACAAACUCUAAAGAAAGGAUUGAUUACACGUCUAAUGACGAGGUGAAACGGUGGUUCAAACAGGCUCGCGUCGAGUUCAAUGAGCGAUGGGAUAAUCCAGCUUCUACACUCUCAAGUUUCGAUAGAUUCGACUACCUGAAAACUUUGGGGAUCGGAGGAUUCUGUUUCGUGAUGCUCGCCAAGCGAAAGUCCACCGAGGAAUUAUUCGCCGUUAAAGUCAUGGAAAAGGCAAAAUUGUUUAGGUCUCAUGCCAUUGAACACACCAUGGACGAGAAGAGGAUUUUGGCCUGUGUGCGUUUCCCUUUCGUCAUCAAGUUGACGUACCAUUACAAGGACAUGAAGAAUCUUUAUAUGGCAAUGGACUUUGUUCAAGGGGGUGACUUGUGGCUUCACCUCCGGAAGCGUGUUCGGUAUUCGGAACCCCAGGCCAGGUUUUAUGCUGGUCAGAUUAUCAUGGCAGUCGCGUAUCUGCACCAGAUGGAUAUCAUCCACAGGGAUUUGAAGCCAGAGAAUGUCAUGAUUUCGAGCGACGGAUACCUGAAAUUGUCUGACUUCGGCUUUGCUAAACGCGUCCAGGGUAGAACGUAUACUUUGUGCGGUACCACAGACUACUUUGCACCGGAAGUCAUCCUGGGCAAAGGAUACGGCAAGGCCGUAGAUUGGUGGGCAGUUGGGGUUCUAAUAUUUGAAAUGACUGUCGGAUAUCCACCCUUCUCAUCAAACUUGCCGAUCAAGACGUGCGAAAAGAUUGUCAGUGGAAAAAUUAAAUAUCCGGCCACUCUUUCCUCUGAUUUGAAGAAUCUGAUGCACAACUUAAUCCAAGUCGACCUAAGCAAACGCUAUGGAAAUUUGAAAAAUGGGAUUUACGACAUUAGAUCUCAUCCAUGGUUCGCAACUCUGAACUGGAUUGAUUUGUUUAAUAAGACUGUGGAAGCUCCGUACAUCCCAAAGUUGAACGGAGCUGAUGACACGAGUAGCUUUGAUAUCUUCAUCGAGGAACCCAUCGACGUGGGGACGUAUGAUGAAUAUCCCAAACAAUUUGCUGACUUUUAACUAUUGAAAUAUUGGAAAAUUGUGAUUAUUAUUAAUGCCAUCAAGGCCCAUGUGUAUAAAUUUGUGUAAGCUUUUUAAAUUAUUCUGUGACGACAUGGUUCAAAACUUAUGCAAAAUCAACAGUGAAUUAUGAAAAACGAUUCUAGUAAAGGUGAAAAUUUUAUACAACGAAUUGAUUGAUUUUGUUUUGUGUUUAAUCAUCAUGCAAAAAAAUACGUUUCAGAUAAGUCGAAAUUAGUCAAACUGUUGAAAAUCAUUUAUUUAUUGAGACUUAAAUUGGAUUAGACCAAUAUUUUGAGGGCACACAGAGUUUACGUUAUAUGAGAAAUACAAAACGAGGAGUUGUCAUUCUUUCUGAAAUAAUAUUCUAUUUUUAAAGUCCGGCAUUUAUGAAUAAUAGUUGAUGUCAACUCGAUAUAGUCGUAGUAAUGGUGGUAGUAGUAGAAAAUUAACAUAAAUAAAGAAGAAUAAUGUAGGAAAAACUUUUUGUAUAAUGUUAUAUA